AUGCUUCAAGGAAAGGUGCUUCGUGUAGCACAGGCGCUACUGAUUGUUGCGCCCGCAUUCAUUGUUUUCGGUUAUAAUCAGUCUGGGUUAGGCCCGUUGGCCACUCUGCAAAGUUGGGUUGAUGUGUUCCCUCAAAUCGAUACCAUCAACACUGAGGGUGCAUUGCGUGCAAAGAAUUCAACAAGCAAGGGUGCUGUGAUUGCAUCCUUCCAGCUUGGUGCUCUUGUUGGCGCUUUGUCCUGUACAGCACUUGGUGAUCGACUUGGUCGCCGUAAGACCAUCUUCCUUGGUGCUAUUCUCACAAUCAUCGGCCAAUUGUUGCAAGUAGCCGCAUAUGGACUUCCUCAAUUUGUCGUCGGACGAGUGAUUCUUGGUAUGGGUGUCGGACAAUGGAGUGUUGCUGUUCCUGUCUGGCAAUCCGAAUGUACAUCAGCCAAGCAUCGAGGUCAACAUGUCGUCGUUGAUGGAAUUUGUAUCUGCUUGGGUUAUGCACUUUGCAACUGGAUCGAUUUCGGUCUCAGCAAAGUCCCCGGCUCACUGGAGUGGCGAAUUCCCCUCGUCAUCUCCUUCUUUUUCUCCCUCAUCGUUCUUUUCUCUGUCUUCUUCCUCCCCGAAUCCCCUCGUUGGCUCGUCCGUGUUGGACGUAUCGAGGAAGCAACUGAGAGUCUCGCUGCUUACAAGGGAGUCCCCACUGAGGACCCGUCCGUCCGUAUCGAGAUCGGUGGUAUCGAGACCUCCCUUGAAGUCACGGUUGACAGCGCCAAGCUCAGCGACCUAUUCAACCCCAACAAACCCGAUGACGAGCGCCUCCUGUAUCGAUUCUGUCUUUGUAUUGCCCUCCAGUUCUUCCAGCAGAUGUGCGGAGGUAAUCUCAUCUCGACAUAUGUUUCAACAAUCUUCGAAGAAAAUCUCCAGAUGGACAGCGACCUUGCGCGAAUUCUAUCCUCCUGUGCAAUGACAUGGAAGUUCCUUUGCAGUUUCAUUGCCUUCUUCGCUAUCGACAGACUUGGUCGUCGCAAGAUUUUCAUGAUCAGUGGUGCUGGAAUGGCUGUCUGUAUGAUGGUCCUCUCUAUCACCAACAGCUUUGGCUUGAACCACAAGGCUUCAAUUGUCUCUGCCGUCUUCAUCUUCCUUUUCAACUCCUUCUACCCCGUCGGUUUCCUGGGUGGUAACUUCCUUUACUGCACUGAGGUAGCUCCCAUGCGCCUUCGUGUCGCCAUGUCUGCUAUCUCGACCGCCAACCAUUGGCUGUGGAAUUUUGUCGUUGUUAUGAUUACUCCUGUCGCUCUUGACACUAUUGGCUACCAGUAUUAUAUUAUGUAUACUGUUAUUUCAGCCUGUAUCCCCGUCGCUGUUUACUUUUUCUAUCCUGAGACUAUGAACCGCAACCUCGAGGCCCUGAAUCAUGUCUUCCGGGAUGCACCCACCACAUGGGAUAUUGUUUCUAUGGCCCGUCAUCUGCCACAGGGUGAGGCCGCUGAGGUUGAGGUCUGGAAACAAACGGAAGAAAAGGGCGCUAUUGAGCAGCAAGAACAUGCCUAA